UCUUUAGUUUUUUUUUUCCCUUCUACGAGUCCGUUAGAUUAUCUUUCAAAUCGCUUUUCGAAGACAUGUCCGCGGAAACUGGCGAGAAGUGGCACGACGAAGUCAUCAGCUCACAAACUGAAUCAGAAUAUACCCCGCCUACCACAGUCCAGACUCCCGGCUCUCCCAUGCCGCCAGACCCCGAUACACAAGGUCAUUUGCUGCAUCCAGGAUUCUCCUAUUUAAUUCAGUCAGUUGCAACUGGAAAAUUCAUCACAUUCGCGAAAGGGAAGAUUGUUCUGGAUCCUAUAGCCGGAUAUUCAUCAACUCGAUGGGAAUGCAUUGAGAAUGAUGGCUGGCUCGGAUUUCGAGACCCAGCAUCCUACAUGCUUCUCGGGUACAUUGAGAAUGAAAAUGAAGAGCUUGGAUGUCAAUUUACUCGGCAUGAUAUCUGUGAGAGAUUCCAGGUAAGAGAGGUCGAAGAAAGAAUCUACCAUAUGUUGGUGAUUCAUGUCGAGAACUGGGGGAAACAGGAUAGGAGAUUCAAGCUGCUUCCGAUAGUGCAUUCAAGGAAGGACGGGCAGGAUAUAUUGAUCAAGACGAAAUCGAACUCCAAUGCUGCCGCAUGGAGAUUUAUCAGGGUACAGUAG